AUGGAUUACCCGCGACCACCAGAUCCAAAUUAUCCAUCAGCCCCGACGUCAGAAAUGUGCUGGAUGCCAGUUCCACCAAUGCAACCACCAAUUCAGCCGCUGAUACAACCUACACCUAUGCCGCCACCCUUGCCGCCACCAAUACAACCCCCAGAUAAUCCAUGGAUGCAAGAUUAUCCACCGCCGCCGCCGCCAGAUGGGCCUUGGAACCGUCCGCCUCAAGAGUGGUCUCCCGGUUAUCCUCCUCAUCCCGAAUGGCAGCCCCACUACGCUCCAGCUGGGGGGCCUCCGCAAUGGGUACCGCCAAAUUGGGGAUCAGGAUACCCCCCAAGUGGGCCAUGGGCUCCUCCUUAUUCAUCAG